AUGGAUCGCGACACAAGCAACCAACAUCAGUAUGGAGUUAUGGAGACCAUGGGCCGAAAUACCGAUUUAUCCUGCAUAACCGCAAUUCUAUCAUGUUUCGUUUUAUCGGUGAUGUAUGUCGCGAGUCUCUAUGUAUGGAAUUCUCCGUACAGUAGGGAACAUCCUACUGUAAUAAAAAAAAGAUUUUUUAGCGUUUUUAUUAUGUCCCUUAUAUCUCCUGCUUUAUUAUAUUUUGGAAUCAAUGAAAAAGUAUUUCAAAAGGCAACAAUUUGGGAGUUAUUGGGUCUACGAUGGCCUGGUUUAAUUCAAGCAAUUGUGAUACCAUUAUUAUUAACAAUGAUACUAUUUCUAGGGCCAAUAUGUGUACAAGGUUUCAAUGGACUUUGGAGACUAUAUACUGAGCCUAUGUAUUGGCUUGGGAGUGUACGAACAAUAAUAUGGUGGAGAAAUCUAGUAGUUGCUCCUUUAGCUGAAGAAUGGACAUUUAGAGCAUGUAUGUUACCAUUGCUUUUGCAAUGUUUUACACCAACUACUGCCAUAUUUGUAUGUCCUUUAUUUUUUGGUGUCGCUCAUUUUCAUCAUGUAGUAGACAGGGUGAAAGCAGGCAUGAAUCUGAAACAUGCCCUUUUUAUAUCUUGUUUCCAAUUUGCGUUUACGACACUGUUUGGUGCAUAUGCUGCCUUUCUUUUUGCUAAAACAGGACAUUUAGCAGCGCCGUUUACGGCACAUUCUUUUUGUAAUCAUAUGGGAUGUCCUGAUCUUUCUGAAGUUGUUGCAGUUAAAGAUCCUUUAAAAAGAGCUGGAUUGUUUUCUUUGUUUGUAAUUGGAUUAGUAGCCUGGUGCUUUUUAUUGACACCAAUGACAAAUCCAAGAUUAUUUUAUAAUAAUUUAUUUUGGCAUAAAAAUUUUAUAUGAGUGUGAUUUAUUUGCAACAAUGUCACUAAUGUUAUGUAAAUUUUUUAUAAAAAAACUAGUCUAACUUGAACUGAUAUCGUUUUAAGAAUUUAUAUUGCAUGAUAUUUUUUAAGAAGUAUUUGUUACUUAACAAAAUGUAUCUCAUACAAGUUGACGAGACUGUUUUGCAAAUUACAUAAUAGAUAUAAUUACAUAUAAGUGCAAUUUUAUCAAACACAGACGUACUUUUAUAAGUUAGAAGCUAAUCAAAUUCGUGUAAUACAAGAUUCUUUAGUUCUAAUUUUUGUGAACAUGUUUUGUAUAAUGUAA